CAUCGAUCAUUUCUACGCGAAUAUGACUGGAAAUCCUCAAAGAGAAUUUGCAGAUGUCUUCCAAGACAGAAAAUUAAUUACUACCCUCGCAGUAUAUGCGAAUUGACAAUGCCUUUAAUAAGCUGGACACACAUUGUAACCUUGACAUUCUCAUGUAAAAUAGAUAAUAUUCAGCAGGUCGCCUUGGUUAUUUUUCAUUUCAAAACAAUAUUCGUCAGCCAAAUGAUGAAAACUGCGGUUUAAUACAAGCAAACACCUGCUGCACAGUUAAAGAAAACGACAGAAAGCGUAGUAUGCAAAACUGAGGACACAAUUCAACGUAUUUUAAAGCAUUAAAAGAUUAAUUCAAGGACAUGUAAAGUUGUAAACUUAUAACCCGAAGUGAAAUACAGUCAUGUUUGCGCAUCCGACCCAGAUGGCUACAAAGAGAACAACAAUCGCCCCGAUAACGGUCUACACGAACGGGAACAAGUACGACGCGAAACGUUUCAUCUUCAACCCGAAAUACGUGCGCACGUUUGACGCGUUCCUCGAUCAAAUCACGAUGCAGACGAACGCGACAUGUGCCGUACGGAAGAUUUACACCCCGCACGGCUCACGGAGGGUGGGUGCCCUGGCUAACAUUGAACCAGGGGGACACUACGUUGCCGUGUCGCAGGGAAAUUUCAAGAAAAUAUCGUACGGGGAGAAGAUCGACAUGGGGUUUUCAUCCACCGGAACCACAACGACAAAAUCGCCAAGGAAACACAAAAGCAGCGGUCGGUUGAAACGAUCUUACGAGGAUCAAAUGAAAACACAAAAAACUCUAUUUGUCCAUAGGAAUGGCUUUAACGAACCGCCUACACAGAUCUUCUUUACCAAAAGACUCCUUCGAAAUUUAAGUCAAGUCUUGGAUAUUAUUCAGGAGAAGAUUCCCUGCGAUCGGGCAAUUGUCAGCCUGCAUAAACUGAACGGAGUCACCAUAAAUGACGUUAGUAAACUUCAGCCCGAAGGGAGAUACGUCGCCGUUGAGCAGGGACAAAGAUUCAGACAUUGCACGUAUGAUCAUUUGGACACCGGGGAUAGAUCCCCUCGGAGAGUUAAACUACCGGUAAUAAGACCCCAACGAGUGGGACAAAAGUCCCGGCCGACGCAACCCACUAAUGAGAGUCAAGAAAUGAACUCGAGGUCGAAGCAAAAAAUUAAAUUACCCGCCAUAAAAACGAAUGUGAAUGAUCCGGGAUUUCACGUUGUUUACGGAUAUCCUGAUAAACACGAACACGAAACACAGUUCACGCAAAAUCAACACGCGGGUGGGAGCACGAACAGAAACACGCAAGGAGGUCCGUUUCACGCGAGCGGUGCGCAAAAGGAAUUCGCAAUCGCUGUUCGUGACGAUAAGCGCGUGCGUGUUGAAAAACCACUGGACAUGAUGCCAGCAGACGAAGUUGAAGAACAACUUGAUGGCGUGGAUCACCAUAGCAACGACAGACGAAAGCAAAUAGAACGAAGGGUUAAACCAAUCACAAGAAGCAACGAAAUAUCUCAGCAAAUGAAAGCGGAGAGGCAAAGCAAAGAGACUGUAGCCCUCCCACAAAUAGACAAGGUCCAUCACCCCCCGGCAAACGGCAGUUCAUUCCCCACUAAACCAAGUAUUGCCCAUCCACGCAGGCAUAAGCAUGCGCAGAAAGGCACCACGUCUAAAAGCGUUGUCAAAGAUCAACGCUUUGUUUCUCAGGAUAAUAACAUUGCUACGAAACGUUAUGUUGUGACACGUGAACAGCGCCUGUUCGGCAUGCAUGGUCGUGAUGGACGAGAACAGGCGAAAGAUGUUGUCCACGUGUACGAGACCGGCGCGAGGAUAAAGGGAGUGGAACGAGAAAACCGAGAGCUUGAGAAGCGCAAACGAAUCGAGGAAUGGGUCGAUCAUACGAUAGAAGUCAAAGAAAAAGAAGACGAGAUUAUAUACGUUGCUAAGCAACUCGUGACGUCAGCACUUGCGAACGCGGCAAAAUCACUUGACGUUGGCAAUAAUGACUUCUCUGCAGUUUCUUACAAUGAUCAGAAUAACGGACAAACUAAGCCAAGUUUCUACGAGGAAAAUAGCAAAGAAGUCAAAUAUCACAGAGUAUUUGGACAAUAGAGUCGUCUAAAUAACGUAGAAAUGGGUCGAUAUAGGACAACGGAUCGUAAAUCUAGAAAUCUUUGGAUAGAUAGAACCGUAGAGGUUAAGAGUAAAAAGACCCAAAAUAUGAAUUAGUCUCAAUAAAAACUGACCAAUCACGACCUUUUUAACGAUCGUUAAAUUUACGGUAAAAAUAUGCUACAUUUACUACGUAAAAUAGAUUGAGCAAUAGCAAGAAAUUGGUAGUAUUAAAGAAAAACAAAUUAUUGUAUACACAUUUGAAAAGAAUAUAUAAAAGCACAAAAUGAAACACACUUCAUCACGAGGAUGUAAAACUAAGCAGAAUGUAUACUUUGUAAUAUGUGUUGUGAAAUAUAAUCAAUAUAUUAAA